UUAUUUAGCAGCAUCUUUUCACUCCUCCCACAUGCUCCUAUAUUGAAAGUAGCUUGACCCUCUUCCCCACACCAACCUUUUUCUGUUCUGUAGGGAGUACACUUUCAUCAGAAGCCUCAAAUGUGAGGAAAAGGGUUUUCUCCCUUUUUAUCAUACAUAAAAAAUAAAUAUGAUAGUAACCUAUGAUUGAAGCCAAACCCACUUUAAGAACGGGGAAAAAGUUAAGUUGAUUGGAAACAGAAAGGAGUAAAAGCAAAAGGGGAGAGAUUGAAAAGCUUGCACGAGAAGUGUAUAAUGGCUUAUAAAAUGUGUUGCUUUUCCUACUUUCUUACUCCUCUAUCUUCAAAAUAACUUCGAGUUUGGAAAUUGGUUAUUGAAGCAGUAAGGACGAUCUCUCGAGUCUUGAUAUCUAACAUUCUCCCAAGAAAACAACUAGCCAGUAGCAUCCAUGAACAGACCUUGAGGUGAAACUGAGAGAUCUUGAUCAAACCCAAAUCUCCUGAACCUUGUCUCCCUCUAGUUAGUUUAAUCAAGCAUUUGAAUCUAUUCUCCGUUUCUAUCUUAUUAUUUGUAGUGUAUAGAGAGCAUAUAUCAUGCCUGAUUCAUUAGGUAUCCCUGCCUGCUUCUCCUCUGGUGAAAGGCAAAUUGUUGAGCCAGGGGCUACUGUAACCAGGUCAGGCCAGAGUGUGUUUAUGUCUGUGUAUCGAACAAAGUUAGCUGGUCUCUGCCGUUUGAUCAUCAUUACAUGGUGCAAGAAUCUCUUGAUGCAUGGCUUGUCUAUUUCUGUUCAAGCAACGAAUGGAAGCGAGCAUCAUCAGUGCAAGGUCGAGCUUAAGCCAUGGAACUUUUGGAGAAAACAAGGUUCAAAGCAAUUCAUAGUAGAUGGUAGGGCUGUUGAUGUGGUCUGGGACCUUAAGGCCGCACAGUUCAAUGGGGAGACGGAGCCACAAUCAGACUACUAUGUUGCUAUUGUCUGCGAAGAAGAGGUGGUUCUACUUGUUGGAGAUUUAAAGAAAGAUGCCUACCGAAAGACAGGCUGUAGGCCUGCUCUUAUUGAGCCGAUGCUUGUGUCAAGGAAGGAACAUGUAUUUGGCAAGAAGAGAUUCAAGACUAGAGUUAAGUUUAUUGAGAAGGGAAAGUUCCAUGGGAUCUCAAUUGAAUGCAUCAAUGGCGGUAGCAGUGGCAGCAAUAUUAUUGGUGACCGGUUUGAUCCUCAACUAGAGAUAAAGGUAGAUGGGGAACAAGCCAUUCUUGUAAAGCAUCUUCAGUGGAAAUUUAGAGGAAACGAGUCCAUCCAUGUGAAUAAAAGCACUAGAGUGGAUGUUUAUUGGGAUGUGCAUGACUGGCUCUUUGGUUCAGGCCCAAGGCAAGGUCUAUUUAUAUUUAAGCUAGUUUCUGCAUCAUCAUCAUCAUCAUCAUCAUCUCCACCAUUGUUGUUGACUCAAGAAGAAGAGAAUUAUGGCUCAGUACUAGAGAAUGAUAACACAGGUGGGUCAUCCAGCUUUAGCUUGUUUUUGCAUGCUUGGUAAGAAGAAUAACGAAUCCAUAAGCUGCCUACUAGCUAGUACCAUGCAUGAUCAACACCAAUAUAAUAUCAGCCCUGAAAUUAUCUGACCAUGAUCUCCAAGCUAAGGAUUAAAUUAAGAAGGAUGUCACAUCUAUCACUGAUCAUUUUGGAAUGAGAAUGUAAUCAGUUAGAUUGAGCUCCAAGAAGGGGAGGUCGCUAGGCAGAUGUCACAGAGAGGGAGGAUGGUUAGAGCCUUAGAGGUUGGCUUGGGGAAGAGCAAGUGGGUCCAAAUAAAGCUGGAAGUCUGUUGUAGCUAUGUAGACAAGAAUGGACAGGCCAGAUUGGAUAUUUCUAUGAAUGCCUAAUAAUUACUCUGCUUUUGGCUCCUUUCCUGCUUUUUCUCUGAGUGCGUGUCAAGAAGGGUCAACCCUGUUUUCAUGAAGGAAAGUGUGAAUGACUGAGUCCAGCCAAGGCAUAUGAUGUUUGGGAUGCGAGGCAGUCGACUGAGAUAGAAUCAUGCAACGAGUUAAUUAAGAGCCUCUACUCUGUAAAUAUAUGUGUGCACUGUACUCUUUGAUAAUGUAAUGCUACCUUUUUCUCAAUGUUGUUGAUUUCUUAAUACUUAAUACUAUAUCCCUUAAUUA